UUCCAAUUUCCGGCGAUCUCUCUCGGAUCUGGCGAUUGAAUCUCCUCUCUCUCAAUCGUGAGAGAAAAGGUUUUGAAACCCUAGGAACAAGAUAUAUGCUGUGUUUUCAUCCAUGAUUUAGUUCUGUGGCUAUGAAACAUUGGGGCAAUCUGUUAUAGUAUGUGCAUGUAUCACUAGGUAAUGACGGGCUUGCUUGAAAGAGCUGUGGCUUCAAACUUUCCUGCAGGAGAACAACAGUCUCGGAAUUCAAGUGAGAGAGAAACACUAGCUGUUGCUGUUUCAGAAGAAGAAUCGGCUCCUAGUAUUACUCAAACUAGGUCCUCAAAGGCUUCUUUGUGGUCCAGUUUUAUAGCAUCCACUUUCACCAUCUUUGAAACUGAGCGCUCUUCAGGUGACAAAGAAGGCAAGAGGAAAAGUUAUGGUUGGACAAGUGCUGUGAAAAAAGUGGUGAGCAGCAGUUCAAUGAGGAGGCUUCAGGAGCGUAUUCUGGGGACUAAUAGAGUUGAUGUUUCGAGCUCAAAUAGUGAUAUAUGGCUUUUGGGCAUAAAUUAUAAAGUUUCACAAGAGGAAUCAUCCGAUCGUGAUAACUAUGGUUUGGAUGCAUUCUUGCAAGAUUUCUCAUCGAGAAUCUGGAUCACAUAUAGGAAAGGUUUUGAUCCGAUUGUUGAUACGAAGUUUGUGAGCGAUGUGAAUUGGGGUUGCAUGAUCAGAAGCAGUCAGAUGCUUGUUGCACAGGCAAUGCUUUUCCAUCACAUGGGAAGGUCAUGGAGGAAGCCCACGCAGAAGCCAUAUGAGCGAGAAUACAUCAGAAUUUUACAUCAUUUUGGUGAUUCCGGAAUGUCUGCUUUCUCUAUACACAAUUUGCUUCAAGCGGGUAGAAACUAUGGCUUGGCUGCUGGUUCAUGGGUUGGUCCAUAUGCCAUGUGUCGUGCAUGGGCCGCUCUUACUCAACCAAAUGGACAGCAUGGCGACAAAACAAAAGAAAUCUUGCCCAUGGUUGUAUAUGUUGUUUCGGGUGAUGAAGAUGGGGAGCGUGGUGGGGCUCCAGUUAUCUGUAUAGACAAUGUUGCUAGACUUUGUUCUGAUGCAACCAGUGAUCAUGUGACGUGGCUGCCGAUUCUUUUGUUAGUUCCCUUGGUUCUUGGACUAGAAAAAAUCAACCCUAGGUAUAUUCCGUUGCUAUGUGAAACAUUCACUUUUCCGCAAAGCUUGGGCAUUUUAGGUGGGAAAACUGGGGCAUCAACAUACAUUGUUGGCGUGCAAGACAACAAAGCGCUCUACUUGGAUCCUCAUGAAGUUCAACAAGCAGUUGACAUCAAAGAAGAUGACUUGGAAGCUGAAACUUCUUCCUAUCACUGCAGUGUUGUACGUCAAAUGCAACUUGAUCUCAUUGAUCCUUCUCUGGCUAUUGGAUUCUAUUGCCGAGAUAAAGAUGAUUUUGAUGAUUUCUGUUCUCGCGCGUCCGCACUUGGUGAUAGAUCGAACGGUGCACCGCUUUUUACUGUCACACAAUCACCUCGAUCCUCAAGAUCAAUCCACCAGGGUGCUCUAAUGGAAAACAUAGAUGGCUCAGACGAUUUUCGAGUAGGAGAGAUGUUCAACACCGAAGACAUUUGCGAUGACAGCCAAACGCAAGAAGAUGAAUGGCAAAUUCUUUGAACCAUCUGAAUCACUCUUUCUCUUAUCAUGAUCUUAUUUCUUAUUUAUAUUCAAACCAAUCGAAAUUGUUUUUAAUAUCUUCGUCAUUUAUUGUAAUCUACUAAAGCUCAUGGUGUACAUUAAAGAAAUUUGUUUAUCUCAUGCAAAUCACCAGAUUUGGUCAUAAAAUGUUUAAAAAUGGUAUAUUUGUAUUUGUUGGAAAUCAAUAUGACUUGUUCAUGUGUUAUUAGCUUCA